GUUAACGUGUGUGUCUCCGUGAUUGGUGUGCGGUAUAGUACACAACACGUUUUCCCCACAGCGACUGACUCGUGUACAGAGAUGCAUUUACCAAGUGCUGGCUUUAUAUUAGUGUGCGUGUUUAUUGCGUUGGAAGUCCCGUAUAUGCUACAAACAACGUAUCCUGUCCGCACAGAUGGGAAGGUCGACAAAUGGUUCGACGAGGUUGCUCGGGUAUUUAGGGAGAUCCACGAAGAAGGACUAGAUUCAGGAUCAGCAUUUGCUGUGUAUUACAAAGGCAAUAAAGUAGUCGACUUAUGGGGUGGAUAUGAAAAUGUAGAGACUGGAAAACAAUGGAAGCAAAACACGAUGUCAAUGACAUUCUCCGUCACCAAAGCUAUGGUUGCGUUGUGCAUGGCCGUAGCGGUCGAUCGUGGCUAUGCCGAUUACAAUCAAAGAGUGGCGCAUUACUGGCCGGAAUUUUCGCAACAAGGGAAAGGCAAUAUUACUAUAAAACAUGUACUCAAUCACGAGGCUGGAAUUCCAAUGACGACUGAACGUAUGACCUUUGACAUCGCUAAAGACCAUUCACACUUGGCACAUAUAUUGGAAACAGCAAAACCUAUGUGGCCUGCGGGCACAUCAAGUGGGUUCCAUUUUCUUACUUAUGGUUGGCUUGUUGACCAGGUGAUCCGUCGCGUGGACCCAAUGCACCGUAGUCUUGGACAGUUCUUCCAUCAAGAGAUUGCACAGCCGUUUGAUAUUGAUUUUUAUAUAGGUGUGCCAGUAAAUCUCCAUCAACACGUCGCUGACUUACAGAGUACGAACACCUUCGAACUGUUUUCUUUGCAUCCAUUGCUUCAGUCGCUAUGGUCACGGACGUGGAAAUCACUGAGAUACGAGGAUAUGGCAUCGCAAACAAUUAUUAAAGGAGGCGACAUAACUUGGACGAUAUACAAAAUGAAUGGUGAGGAAUACAGAUCAUUAGAGAUACCUGCUUUCAAUGGCAUUGGUUCAGCAAGAUCGAUAGCUAAACUUUUCAAUAUACUAGUUAACGGUGGGCAAUACGAGGGAAAGACACUGGUGUCACCGAAAACAUUAAUUAAUCUCACGACGUGCGGCGAAGAAACCUUUGAUGAAAUAAUAUUAGAUACAGCAAAAUGGUGCAAUGGUAUGAUGUCACAUCCGGUUCUACAAGAGAUACCAAUGAAUCGCCUGAUAGGCCACAGUGGAUUUGGUGGACAAGGGGCCUACUUCGAUUUGGACAACGAUCUUUCAUUUGCAUACACAACAACAACGUUAUCACCGUCAGGUUUCGGGAGAGACAAGAGAUACGUGUCUUUAUUACGGGCAACGUACAAUAGUAUCGAGAAGUUAAAGUCUCCAUAGGAAGGUCAUGUUCGCUGAAACAGGUACCAUGGAAAUAUUCAAGAACACAGUAUUGUUAUUUAUUGAUUCUUGAGCUGGACGAACCAUUACACAUUACAAGUCGACCGAUGACCGCCUUGAUUGAGGUGUGAUAGUUGUCUUUGGUAAUUCGUUAGACAAUCAUUAUUAACCAACUGUACUUUAUAAAUAUUUAUUUUAUUUAUCGAGUCUUCCAUGAACACAUUUAUAUUACAAUUAAUGAAUCACGAUAGCGUUAAGUCAUUUGGAAAUUGGGAGUUUUGCUCAUCGCCACUAAUUAUCAUGUAUGUGCAUUGCUACGUGGCGCAUGUCUCGAAACUAAUAUAAUGUUCCAGGAGAAAAUAUAACGCUUUAUUUUAUGCUGUUUUGGUGGUUUUAAAUUCAGCGGUUUUGCUGUCUUCUUGCAUUAAAUGGUAGUGGUCGUCAGGCAACGCGUGAUCGAAAUUCAUGCAAACAAAUGAGAUAUAAUAAUUUUGCACGCGUUGUAUACAUUGUAAUAGAUCACAUCGAACACGACGCGCGCGACGACCACCGCCCUUUAAUUUUUCCAGACAGCUCAGCUCUUUAUAGGGAACAUACUGAAAAUAAUAUAAUUGCACACGUCAGACACGUAGCAUUUGCUCAUCUAAUGAGAACGAUGAUAAUCAGUGGGUGAGGUUCGAACCUUUGAUCUUCCACACUUAGUACAUUGGUCCCAUUGGUCUAGAUACAGUAGCUGUGUCAUCCAUAAAGAUUCAUACUAGUUUGCUUUGUACGACAACAAUGGUUAUACCGACAGACUAAGGUCUUGAAAUAAUUAUUAAUUUAUUUAAAUAUAAAUACUGACUGGCUAAUUAUUCGCAAAUGGUCGCUGAUAAUUCGAGUGGGCCACCAGACGAGUUCCAUUCCAUCGUUUCUAAUGAGGGGCAAAAGCAAGUCUCGUGGUUCUCCCGCUCUCGAUGAGAUCUCGGCGGCCAUUUGUAAAAAUACUUACAUGA